UUAAAGGUGUUUUUGCAGAGGCAUUAAUGGAGGUGAGAAGAGAUAAGAUUUGCAUGAACACAGAAGUAAAAGAAUGGUCAGUACACCUUCAACUGCCAUGCUCAGGGGUUCCUUGGAGUAGCAUUAAAGUCUCUCUCUCCCUCCCUCCCUCUCUCACCCUCCGUCCCUCUCUCUCUCCUCUCUCUCUCUCUCUCUCUGUGCAAUACCUUCAUUGCACACCACCUAUUCUGCUACACCCACCCAAAGAACUUUCUGUUUUUCCUUUCUUUUCCAAAUAAAUGAACAAAAAGAAGAUGAUUUAUAAACAGAAAGUUAGAUUGCUGCUUUGAUGAUUUUUGGGUUGAGAGAGAGAAAAAUGGUGUACAUUUUCUCUCAGAUUCUCCUCCUCAUGAUCUUUUUCAUCGUAUCUUUUCUCCUGUCAUUGCACAAUGCAGCAGAGGAAUGCUUCAAUGUUCAUGGCCUGCAACACCACCUGCAUUUCAUGGAGGACAAUGCCGAGGCUCCCCAAAACUUACAGAUUCACAGAGUUUCCGGGGAAGAUGAAGAGAAUGCAGUUCCGGUUGUCGAAAAGUUCAGAGCUUUACUUGGACUGAACAGCUUCCACAAGCGAACGCCGUCAGCUGCCGACAGUGGAAAUGUUUCUCCUUCUCCUUCUCCUUCUCCGUCGCCCUACAGUGAAGCGGAAGCUCCGAGUCCAGCUCCCGCUCCUGCUCCGGCGCCUCACAUCCACGCGCAUUCGCAUCAUCCGCACCGCUUGCGCUCAAUCUCAAAGCCUCAAGGCAUUCACAGAGAAGAUAGAAGCGGAACGGCGAGGAUACUUGUACCGGUUCUUGUUUCUGCAGGAGCUGCGGUUGUGAUUUGUGUGCUCGGCAUCGUUUGGGGUUGCAGGAAGCACAGGAAACAUAAGAAGAAACCCACGAGCGUGAUUUCGGUUUUCGGCCAAAACGGAGGAGCUAAAUCACCAAGCAAGGUGAGGCUAAAUCCUGCCACCACCACUACUACUUCUGAUCUCAUUUAUAUUGAUUCGUUAGGGUUGGAUUUAGAGCAGCAACAGCAGCAUAUUUCUUGUUCCAAAGAAACUUGCGAAACUGUAAUUACGUCACGAAAUCAUACAUUGCUUGAGAGGGAAGAAACAAAUCAACAAGUGAUGAAAUCGGAAUUCGAUGAUGCUAGUAGUAGUUCUUCCAAUAGGGAAAUUAUGUCUGCUCACGAGGAUAUAAUUGCAGAGGCAGUGAAAUAUGAGUCUGAUUGUGCUAAUUCCGCAACCGGUGACAAAAUUAUUCCUGUUGAUUCGUAUUCUUCCGAUGAUGAAUCUUUCCAUUCUUUCGGAGAUUCGAAUUCAUCCAACAUCCACCUUUCAAAUGCCUCGGCUGGUAGCCUAGGUGACUCAUCGGAUGUUCUCUCCACAAAUGUGUCGAACAUAGAACCUUGUUUAGAAGCACGUUGUAUAAACUUACCAGAUCAACCAGAAACCAUAAUCCGAAAUAAAGAAUCCGAACUUCUGACUGCACCGUGCUCUUCCAAUUGCGAAAAGAAUGUCAACGCUCCUCCAGCACCACCUCCUCCACCCCCACCACCAAUCAAACAUUUUCUUCAUUUCCAUUCUUCUCCCAGUUCAACUAGAAUUGCAUCGAAAGCUUCGUGCUCGUCUUCUACAUUGCGAAAUCUAUCACCGCCAAGAAAAUCAGGUUCUUCUUGCGGAUCAAAUCAAACCCCCGAAGGGGGAUUUUCUGUUUCGCCUCAAAACUCUUCUAGACCUUCAGAAACUCCACCUCCUAUUCCUCCACCACCCUGCCCGCCUCCCUUUUCGAAAGCGAAUAAUAGCUUUUUGAAAGGUCCUCCUCCUCCGCCCCUCCCUCAGGCUACACCAUUGGGGAAAGAUGGAACUCCGCUGCCUAAACUGAAGCCGUUGCAUUGGGACAAAGUCAGAGCUGCACCGGAUCAUUCUAUGGUGUGGGACAAACUGAGAUCAAGCUCGUUCGAGCUGGAUGAGGAAAUGAUUGAAUCGCUUUUCGGAUACAAUCUACAAGGCUCAAUGAAGAAUGAUGAAGCAAAGAGCAAGAGCCCUUCUCCAAGCAAGAAUGUUCUUGAGCCGAAAAGACUACAGAACAUAACCAUACUCUCAAAAGCCCUGAAUUCUACUGCUGAUCAAGUAUGCGAAGCACUAGUUCAAGGAAAUGGCUUGUGCUUACAACAACUGGAAGCGCUCGUGAGGAUGGAACUCACCAAGGAGGAAGAGGGUAAGCUCACUGGCUACAAGGGAGACAUCAAUGAACUCGGGUCAGCGGAGAAGUUUGUGAAGGCGGUGCUUAGAGUACCUUUCGCUUUCCAACGAGUUCAAGCAAUGCUUUACAGAGAAACGUUUGAAGAUGAGGUGGUUCACCUUAGGAACUCCUUUUCAGUGCUAGAGGAGGCCUGUAAGGAACUGAGGUCAAGCAGGCUCUUCUUGAAGCUACUCGAAGCGGUGUUGAAAACAGGAAACCGGAUGAAUGUUGGAACGAUCCGAGGAGGUGCCAGAGCAUUCAAGCUAGACACUCUCCUCAAGCUCUCCGAUGUAAAAGGAACCGAUGGAAAAACCACAUUGCUACAUUUUGUUGUGCAAGAAAUAAUACGGGUAGAAGGGAUUCGAGUUUCGGACAGCAUCAUGGGGAAGAUCAGCCAGAAGAACAAAACCAAAACCCUAGAAGAGAAAGAAGAAGACUACAGAAGAAUGGGGCUUGACCUAGUUUCCGGCCUCAGCACCGAGCUCUACAACGCGAAGAAAACAGCCACAUUGGACUUGGAUGUUCUUGCAAGCAGUGUAUCAAAUCUCUCCGAUGGAAUGGAAAAGAUCAAACAUCUUAUACACAAAGAGUUGUGCAUGGAUGAGAACAGUCGUAAUUUGGUCAAUUCGAUGAAAUCGUUCAUAUGUUACGCGGAGGAACGUUUGAGAGAGUUGCAGGGUGAUGAGAGUAGGGUUCUGUCACAGGUGAAGGAGAUAACAGAGUAUUUCCAUGGGAACGUGAGCAAGGAAGAAGCGAAUCCGCUUCGGAUUUUCGUGAUUGUUAGGGACUUUCUGGGAAUGUUGGAUCAUGUUUGUAAAGAGCUUAGAAGCUCAAAAGCACCACGCACUCCAAAUCCUCUGGCUCCAUUCAAAUAGGUUGUAGAUUUUGUGAGAUUGUUUUUGGUGUGUUCAUAUGAUGGAUUUUCAUUCACUAAGCAAGAACGUUAACGUGGUUUUGAA